AUGCUUCUUCCAAUCACAAUUCUCUAUGUUCUCAUCUUCCUUCUCUCAACCCUAAUUCUCAAAACCCUCUUCUCAUUCUCUUCCAAACACUACAAGCUCCCUCCAAGCCCUUUCGCCUUGCCGGUCGUCGGCCAUCUCCAUCUCCUCAGCCCCUUCAUGCACCACUCCUUUCACAUGCUUUCCUCCCGCUAUGGCCCCCUCAUUCACCUCCGAAUCGGCUCUGUCAAUUGCGUCGUCGCUUCAUCUCCCGAAAUCGCUAAAGAACUACUGAAAACAAACGAACUCACUUUCUCCGCCCGCAAACACACCGCAGCCAUUGAUCACCUUACUUACAAUUCCUCCUUCGCUUUUGCUCCCUACGGACCUUACUGGAAAUUCAUCAAGAAAAUCAGCACGGUUGAGCUCCUCGGAGCAAGAACUCUCGGCCAGUUUCUUCCCAUUAGAAGCCAGGAGUUGCAGGAUUUCGUCAAGCUUUUGCUUGAAAAGUCUCAUGCGGGAGAAAGAGUUAACGUUACAGAAGAGUUGUUGAAGUUGACGAAUAAUGUGAUAUCGCAAAUGAUGUUUAGCAUCAAAUGUUCGGGGACGGAUGGCCAAGCCGAGGAGGCGAGGACACUUGUUCGGGAAGUGACAGAGAUUUUCGGAGAGUUUAAUAUUUCUGAUAUAAUUUGGUUCUUUAAGAAUGUGGAUUUGCAGGGAUUUAGAAGGAGGUUUAUGGAUAUUCAUAAGAGAUAUGAUUCGUUGCUUGAGAAGAUUAUAUCGAACCGCGAAAUGGUGAGGAAAGAGAAGAAGAAAAAUGGAAGGAGAAUAAAUGGAGAUGUUGAUGAUGAUGAAGAGGUUAGAGAUUUUCUUGACAUUUUGCUUGAUGCUUUGGAAAAUGAGAAGUCGGAAAUACAGUUGACAAGAGAUCAUAUCAAGGCCACAAUUCUGGAUUUUCUGACAGCUGCAACAGACACAACUGCCAUGGCAGCCGAAUGGGCAUUGGCAGAGCUCAUCAACAAUCCAAACGUUCUCGAAAAGGCUCAGGAAGAAAUUGACCAAGUCGUCGGAAAAUCCAGGCUCGUCCAGGAAUCCGACCUUCCGAAUCUCCCAUAUCUCCAAGCCAUUAUAAAAGAAAACUUCAGGCUCCACCCCCCAAUCCCAAUGCUCGCCAGGAAAUCCAUCGAAGAUUGCCAAAUCGGCAAGUAUACGAUUCCUGAAGGCUCUCUAUUGUUCGUUAACCUUUGGUCGAUCGGAAGAGACCCCAAAGUUUGGAGUAAUCCAAUGAAGUUCAAUCCUGAGAGAUUCCUGAAACCAAACGAGAGCGAUGGCCUCGAAACUAACAUUGAUGUUAAAGGGUUCAGCUAUCAGUUGUUGCCAUUUGGAACUGGAAGAAGAGGGUGCCCUGGAAUCAAUUUGGCCAUGCAGGAGUUGCCGACGACUCUGGCGGCGAUGAUCCAGUGCUUCAACUGGAAGGUUGUGAAUCCUGAAGGAGUGGAAAUAAAGGGCAAAGAUUUGGUUGAUAUGUCUGAACGGCCAGGAUUGACCGCUCCUAGAGCUCAUGAUCUUGUUUGUGUACCGUUGGCACGGUGUUCUCCGGUGUCAUAGAUCCGGUUAC